AUGGAUGUUAGCCUUGCAUGCUAAGUUUCUUGGCUCCAGUUGAAUGGGACAUGAUGGUGCAGUGUGUAAUUACUGACUAAGUUCUGUGUUCCAUCCUAAACCAGAUCAUCGUGGAGAGGGCUGCCAGGUCGAGAGCUCCUGACUUGGACAAGAAGAAGUACCUCGUGCCCUCUGACCUCACAGGUGAAACUGAUGAGAUGUCUCUCUUUCUCACAAUGAUUUCCUCUCUCCCAACUCAUGACCUUGUUCUCACCCUCUUCCCUUCCCUCUCUCCCUUCCCUCUCUCCCUUCCCUCCACUAUUGCGCCACUCUUCCUCUUCUUUUCAAAUGAAAGUCUAGAUAAUGUGUUAGUUUUGUUCUGUAAGUCCCUGUCUGACCAUCUCGCUCUCUCUCUUUUUCUCUCUCAGUGGGUCAACUGUGCUUCUGAUCCGACAGCGUGUGUCUAUGAGACCUGAGGAAGCUCUCCUUCUUUUUCGUCAACAACUCCCUUCCCCCCAUCCAGUUCUCCUCUCUCUGCUGUCUAUGAGGUAAAACACACACUCACAACCGACGCAAACCUUUUAUCCAACCCCCAUGACCCCCUAACGCCAGAUGCCAGGGUUUCUCUCACUGUCAGUGACAUGACAUAACUCCAUUACAUUGAGAUUGUGCUGAGCGGGUUUUGCCUAUGUUAUAAACAAAUACAAUUAAAAUAAAUGUUUUAAUCAAUGUACAUACUUCAGUUAUUAUCAACAGUUCUGCUUUGGCCAUUUUAAAUCCUUAUUUCUGUCCCUGUCCUACCCGGGUCCCUCACAGGAGCACCAUGAAGAGGACCUGUUCCUAUACAUGACCUACAGUAAUGAGAGCGUCUACGGUGCCUGA